AUGUCUUUUCCCUUUGGAGAGAUGCUAUCACAUCACGAGGAAAGCUGUGGAUGUUCAUCCUUCUUUCAACUAUUCUGCUUUGAUAGCAUAUGGAAGACGCAGAAAGUAAGCUUGUUAAAGAGUAGAACAACUGCUAAUAAAACAUUAUUGAGUGGAAAAGAAGAGAAGCAGCAUGAGUGCACGUGGACAAGUCCCCCAGAUGAUAUCAUGGAACUGAUAAUGAAGCGUUUGUGCCUCAAAGAUUGCCUUGGGUUGAGUGAAAUAUGCACCCCUUGGAGGGAUAUUGUUGCUAAUGCCAUUGCAAACAAGCAUUUCCACCGAUUUCCUGAACUGCCAUUGCUUGUCCUCUUCACCCCAUUGACAGUGCUUCGCCUCUUGACCCAUUGCCAACCAUCCCCAGUUUUCAGCUUGAGGACAAAACGUCUAUUUUAUCCCAAAAGACCACUAUUUGAGAAAAGGCAGACCGUUCGAGGCUCAGUUGAAGGAUGGAUGAUUGUGAGUGAAUAUUCUAAUGGGUUUAGUCUUAGUCUUAGUGUAACCAUUUUCUUCUUCAAUCCAGUUACUAAUGCUAAAGUCUUUGUCCCAUCAGUGUUAAAAUUUCCAUCCAACUCUCCCCUUCUAGCCGAUAAACUUUCUGACAAGUCAUGGACAACAAUUGAAGUAGAUAAGGAUACGGGGGUUCAUUUUUUGGAUGUGGAAAUUAUUGAUACGAAAUUGGGUAAAGUCUUCGCCAGCCUAGCCAAAGACGAUGCAUUAGGAGAUUUAUUCCUCAUUCACAUGUUCAUUAACGUAGCUUAUGAAACACGGCAUGUUGGUUAUUUGAACAAGGUCACCGAAUUUGUUGCCCCGCCUGAGUUGACCAGAGUUGAAGUAUUCAAGUUGAACACAAGUAAUGAAACUAAUCAGUGGAUCAAGGUUGAUAAUUUGGGGGACCGCGUUUUGUUUCGUGACGUUUUCAAGGGUAUGGUGGUGUAG